CUCUGCUAGAAAGCGAAUUACAGCAAAUCGCUCUCUCUAUCAUCAGAAUUCUGAACAAAAAUGGAUGGGCAUGACGGUGAUAAUACAAAACAGAGCACUGCUGAUAUGACUGUGUUUGUCCAGAAUCUUCUACAGCAAAUGCAAACCAGAUUCCAGACAAUGUCUGAAUCAAUCAUCUCAAAAAAUAUCGAGAUGGGAAACCGGAUUGAUGAACUUGAACAGAGCAUCAACGAUUUGAGGGGUGAAAUGGGUCAAGAUGGUGCUCCAUCACCUUCAGCAUCUUUGAAACCAAAAGAGGAUGCGAAGCCAGCAGAUGAUUCUAGUGCAUAAGCAAGCAAUGAUACUCCAAGUUG